AGGAAGUCCCUCUUACCCAAAAUAGCGCGAAGUUUCGAAGCUGCUCCCCGAAGCGACUUUACUAAAUGGCUGAAAAACCUUUAAAACUAAAGUCUAAACUGAAGCGAAAGAAAUCCUCAGUGGAAGAUCUUCAGCCGGACUUUUCUCCAAGAGGAACACAGAGGAAGAGUCCUCUGGUCCCCGGUGACAGGACAGCGGAGCCCGGGAGGUCUGUGGUUCCUGCAGCAGCUUGGUGGAACAAAGAGCAGCUUCCUGCUGUGGAGGCUCUGUGGGCGUUAACGCUGAAGUCUGCUCAGCUCUACCUGCAGGACCAGAACUGGGACCUCAUCCCUGAUCUUCCAGAACCAUCCACAGCUAGACCCUCAGCUCUGAAGGAGGAUGAUCAGCGCUGGUGUGACCUCAACGAGGACGUCGCUCCCUUCCCUGAACCGUCUCUGAGGACUUCAUCUAGUCCAGGUCCUCUCAGGCUCACCCCCUCCCAGCAGGACCUCCCAGUACAGACUCUACCUGAGCUGUCCUCCCACAGCAGGAAAAGUCUCAACGUCAGAACAUCUGUUCAAACGUCCACUAAGAGAACCUCCAGUGUAGGAGGAGAAGAGGAGAGGAAAGGAGGAGAGCGAGGAAGACAAAGACCGCUGAUACCUGACAGCCCAGUGGAGGAGGAGGAGGGUGAAUAUGAAGAAGAGCUAAUGGAGGUUAAAGAAGCGGGGGAGGAGGGAGGUGUCAGAGGAGGAGGGCGUCUGCAGAGCUGCCCCAUGUGUCUGCUGGCGUUCCCUGCUGGGUUCACACAGAUGGACUGUGACGGCCACCUGGCCCAGUGUCUGUCUGAGGUGAACGUGGACGUCACCUGGUGAGGGGGCGGGACUCUGGCUGCUGUCCAGGAGCUACAAGCUGCACAGAUAUCCCGCAUCACC